AUGAGCACCGCCCCAGAUUCGAUUUCCAUUCAUGACGGUACCGUGGACCCGGCUUCGCUGACUUGCCGCCCACCGGGAGACGUCUUUGUCGAUCUCUUACAUACUUUGAGACUUCUCGGUGUGACGGUGCACUGCGAUGAAAGCUUCCGUUUGGUGUGCAUUCGAAGAGAAUCUCGGACCUUUCAAAUAAGAUCGCCCAGUCUUCCCUCUUUAAUUUUCUCGGUGAAUGCCGAUCCAUCCAUGGAUCCUGUCUAUGGCGACCCUUCCUUUGACCAUGGUGAAGAAGUACGGUUCAUGAUGGAAAUAUGUCGAUUCCGUCAUUUGGCCGAUUUGUACCUUGUUGAUUCCCGACUCAUGCGCGGUCCAGAUCCGGUCUAUCAAUUCUUGCGAACCAAGAUUCUUGGCCUGCUUCGUUUAAGCAAAGCUUAAAACAUAACGAAAUUAUCUGAAGUCUUACAAAGAGCUGCCAGAGACAGAAGAGUGCAUCAUGAAUCAAAUGGCACGGCAAUGGAUAUGACAUGUAUUCUUUGGUUUUCUUUUUGUUUGUUCGGCAGAAGGUUAGACAAUAAUGCAGUGAAAGAUAAUGGUAAGAAAAAUAAAAAUAAAAAUAAAGAGAGAGAGAGAGAAAUAUAUGAUCAAUGCAUGAAAACAAGACACAAAAGCAAACAAAAAAGAGCGAAAUAAUGAUGUGAAGAAGAAAAAAAUACCGAUAUUAUGACAAACGAACUAUGGAAUACUUGAAA